UGUCGAUUAUCGCAAGACCGAAGCGAACGUGCGGUGUGACAAACACAGAUCGGUUGUUUUUUAGUGGAAUUUUUUUUUUAUUAUUUUCGUUUCGAAUUUGCAUAUCGACACAAAAUAUUCAAAAUGACCGUUGCGGAAAACGAGACAAAGCAAAACUCACCAUCAACCGAGGCACCUGAUCGCGGAAACUGGGGCAAACCGAUUGAAUUCCUUUUUGCUUGCAUGAAUUACGCAUUAGGACUCGGUAAUGUAUGGCGCUUUCCUUAUCUCUGCUUCCGCAAUGGAGGCGGUGCAUUCCUGAUUCCGUUCCUUAUCAUGGUAUUACUUGUCGGAAUGCCGGUAUUCUUUGUGGAACUUGUAAUUGGGCAGUACAGCGCCCUUGGGCCUAUAAAAGUGUUUUCGUUUCUUACGCCUUUGUUCAAAGGACUUGGAUAUUGUUCGCUGGUAACAAAUAUGUUUAUCACCAUUUACUACAUGGUUAUCAUAGCAUGGAUUUUGUACUACAUGUGGGUAUCAUUUUUUCCGAAUUUGAUUUACGGAAAUUGUGAUAAUUCUUGGAAUACAGAGAAUUGUUACAGCAUGGCACGAGAUAUCUUAUGUCAGGAAAACAAUGCUGGAAACGCUAGCGAUCAGUUAUUCUUCCAAGGUCGAUGCCAGACCGUUGAAGAAAUUUGUUCUGCAAAUGGUCUGACGGGGCGUGAUGUUAACUUAUGCUUCAAUGGAACGGUGAGCCAGGAAGUUCCAAUCAACGAAGUAAUUACGCGGAAACUUGCAGCUGAAGAAUUUUUUUAUGAAAAUGUAGUGGGAAUCGGUAACGCAACGUGGACAAAUGACUGGGGCUAUCCUCAGUGGCAUUUAGCUCUGUGUUUAGCUGUAGCUUGGACAUUUGCGUUCUUUUGCGUUUUUAGAGGGGUGAAAUCAAUUGGCAAAGUUGUUUAUUUCACAGCCACAUUUCCGUAUGUUAUCUUAACGGCCCUACUCGUUCGUGCUCUGACAAUGGAAGGUUCGAGCAACGGAAUUUUGUAUUUCAUAUCGCCGCAAUGGGAGCUGUUACCAUCAGCAAACGUUUGGGCAGAUGCCACUAGUCAGGUGUUCUUUUCCUUUGGUAUUGCAUGGGGUACUCUGAUUGUUCUUGCAUCAUUUAACAAGUUCCAAAACAAUUGCCACUUUGACGCGGUUACCGUCUCGUUCAUUAACUUCGGCACAGCCAUUUACAAUGGAAUUGUGGUGUUUGCUAUUUUGGGCUUUCUAGCCCACAAAAUGAACGUGCCAAUCGAAACAGUUACAGCGUCCGGACCGGGACUCGUGUUCAUAACAUACCCCGAAGCUAUUUUGCUUAUGCCUGUGCCACAUUUAUGGGCUUUUCUCUUCUUCUUUAUGAUGUUGAUCCUGGGAAUAGGCACCCAGUUUGGUGCAAUUCAAAUGAUGACGUCAUCAAUCAUCGAUCAGUGGCCUCAUUUGCGAGAACACGAAUGGAGAGUUGUCGCAGGAGUUUGUCUGAGUUGCUUUGUUGCUGCUUUGCCGCUAAUUUGUCCAGGUGGAAUUUAUCUUCAAACGUUAAUCGAAUGGCACACAGCCAGUUGGAAUUUCUUCAUCAUCGGUCUGUUGGAAAUAGUUAUUAUCGCCUGGAUUUACGGCGUCAAUAAACUGUUCGCAAACGUCACCGAAAUGGGUAUGAAAAUACCGAAAAUCACCCAACUUUAUUGGAAGUGCACAUGGAUUGUCAUAACGCCAGCGGUUGUUGUAGCCAUAUUCGUUUUCAGUCUGACAGAUCUCAAUCCAACAGUGUUCCGUGGCUAUACGUUCCCGGAAUGGGCUGACGGCAUAGGAUACUUGUUCGGACUGAUAACCCUGAUGCCGUUGAUUGUAUUCGUGGUGAAGAAUUUGAUUGAUGUGGUUAGAGGCAAGCGGACGUUCAGGCAGUUGUUAACAGCAACAGAAAAUUGGGGACCACAGGAAAAGGAUGGAAUUCGCAUUGAUAGAACACAAUUGCCGUAGAACGGCAAGGGGGUUAAACGGUUAGAAAAUGUUAUUUAAGAUUCGUCAUUUUUAAUAAAGGAGUCGUUUCAAUAGUUCG